AUGAAGCGCAGGGCCGACGGCCCCAUCGCCCCCUCCUCCUCCGCCUCGCUCUCUGCUGGGCGCGCUGUGGCCCGAGACGGGGGCGUGGGGCACAAGGUCGCCGCCCGGCGGGGAGCUCAUCCGGCGGCGCAGACGCCCAGCGGCUCCGGGGAGGGACUUGGCCUGGGUUCUGGCCCUCGGCUCGCCUGGGGAGGGGCCGAGAGGCUGCAGCUGGCGGNGCCGCUGCUCCGAGACCCCGGCUCCCGUCGGUCGGCACCGCCCCCUGGCCCGAGCGGGGACGGCUCACUUUUGGCCAGGCUGUUUGAACAUCCACUCUACCGGAUCGCUGUUCCGCCGCUAACGGAGGACGACGUCCUGUUUAAUGUGAACAGCGACAUCAGAUUCAACCCCAAGGCAGCGGAGAACCCGGACUGGACACAUGAAGGUGCUGAAGGUGAAGAAUUCCUACCCACUGGGGAGGCGGCCGUGGACUCCUAUCCCAACUGGCUCAAAUUCCACAUUGGCAUUAACCGAUACGAGCUGUACUCCAGACAGAACCCAGCAAUUGAAGCCCUGCUGCGUGAUCUCAGCUCUCAGAAGAUAACCAGUGUGGCCAUGAAGUCAGGGGGCACGCAGCUCAAGCUCAUCAUGACGUUCCAGAAUUACGGGCAAGCACUCUUCAAACCCAUGAA